GAGGAGGCCGCAGCUCCCUAGGGGCUAAGAAGCUGGAGCCUUGGCGAAGGGGGAGGAGCUGAGCCACUUUCUCCAAGAUACCUACCCUCGUCCCCCCAGGAAGCAUGAACAGGAAAGACAGCAAGAGGAAGUCCCACCAGGAAUGCACUGGGAAGACAGUCGGGCGGGGCCGGCCCCGACAAGCACGCCGCCACAAGACAUGCCCCAGCCCCCGCGAAAUCAGCAAGGUCAUGGCCUCCAUGAAUCUGGGCUUGCUGAGUGAGGGUGGGUGCAGUGAGGAGGAGCUGCUGGAGAAAUGCAUCCAGUCCUUUGACUCAGCUGGCAACCUGCGCCAUGGCGACCACAUUGUUAACAUGGCACUGGCCAUGCACAGCUGGGUACUGCCUUCCACCGACUUUGCUGCCCGUCUGCUGACCUCGUACCAGAAGGCUUCAGGGGGUGCACAGGAGCUGAGGAGGCUGCAGAUCUGUCACCUGGUCAGGUAUUGGCUGACCCAACACCCGGAGGUGGUGCACCAGGAACCCCAGCUAGAAGAAGUCAUAGGUCGUUUCUGGGCCACUGUAGCCCAGGAAGGCAACUUGGCCCAGAGGAGCCUGGGAGAUUGCUCCAACCACCUGAGCCCUGGUGGCCCUGGGCCCCCGCCCCCUAUGAGCAGCCCAGGCCUGGGCAAAAAGCGCAAAGUAUCCUUGCUUUUCGACCACCUGGAGGCGAGGGAGCUGGCUCAACACCUUACUUACCUGGAGUUCCGGUCCUUCCAGGCUAUCACGCCGCAGGACCUGCGCAGCUACGUUUUACAGGGCUCAGUGCAGGGCUGCCCGGCGCUGGAGGCAUCCGUAGGGCUCAGCAACAGCGUGUCCCGCUGGGUGCAGGUCAUGGUGCUGAGCCGCGGCGGACCUGCACAGCGCGCGCAGGUGCUGGACAAGUUCAUUCAGGUAGCUCAGAAGCUCCACCAGCUGAAGAAUUUCAACACGUUGAUGGCAGUCACAGGUGGCCUGUGUCAUAGUGCUAUCUCCAGACUUAAGGACUCCCACGCCCACCUGAGCCUUGACAGCACCAAGGCUCUGCUAGAACUGACUGAGCUUCUCGCCUCCCACAACAACUACACCCGCUACCGCCGUGCUUGGGCUGGCUGCACGGGCUUCCGGCUGCCUGUGCUGGGUGUGCACCUCAAGGACCUGGUGUCCCUGCAUGAGGCACAGCCUGACAGGUUGCCUGAUGGCCGCCUGCACCUACCCAAGCUGAACAGCCUCUACCUGCGGCUGCAGGAGCUGGCAGCCCUCCAGGGGCAGCAUCCCCCCUGCAGUGCCAACGAGGACCUGCUGCAUCUGCUUACACUUUCCCUAGAUCUCUUCCACACAGAGGAUGAGAUCUACGAGCUUUCUUAUGCCCGGGAGCCCCGUUGUCCCAAGAGUCUGCCACCCUCGCCCUUCAAAGCACCUCUGGUGGUCGAGUGGGCCCCUGCUGUGACACCUAAGCCAGAUAGGGUCACCCUCGGUCGGCAUGUGGAGCAACUGGUGGAGUCUGUGUUCAAGAAUUACGACCCUGAAGGCCGAGGAACCAUCUCUCAGGAAGACUUCGAGCGGCUCUCAGGCAACUUCCCCUUUGCCUGCUAUGGCCUUCACCCACCUCCCCGCCAGGGGAGAGGCUCCUUCAGCAGAGAGGAGCUGACAGGGUACCUGCUCCGGGCCAGUGCUAUCUGCUCCAAGCUGGGCCUGGCCUUCCUGCACUCCUUCCAUGAGGUCACCCUUCGCAAGCCUACCUUCUGUGACAGCUGCAACGGCUUCCUCUGGGGUGUCACCAAGCAAGGCUACCGCUGUCGGGACUGUGGACUGUAUUGCCACAAACACUGCAGAGACCAAGUGAAGGUAGAGUGUAAGAGGACGUCAGGGGCCAAGAGUGACGUGGGCCCUCCAGGAGCCCUACCCACACCAGAUCCGCAUGUCAGCUGUGGCUCUGAGGAAAAUCUCUCCUACACGCUAUCCCUAGAACCUGAGACUGGGUGCCACCUUCGUCAUGCUUGGACCCAGACAGAAGCCCCACACCCUUCCUGGGAACCAGAGAUGGUCCCCUGCCCGGAGAAGGCACCACCAUCCACCUCGUCCUCCAAGCUGGAUUCUUAAACAUCAUCUCAGUCUCCUCUCUCUCUUACCCCAGUCAGUCCCAAGUCCUGCCCUCAGCCUACAGCAGGACCCCCAAAGGCACUGCUCAAUACCUGUUUUUGAGAACAUACCAUCAUCUCUUACCCUGAAAGUUAUUUUCUUCUCUUGCAUCACAGUGGGUACUAAUCAUAGUUCCCUUUUCCUACCCUUAGCAUCUGUGCAGCUCUGUUGGUUAUAUUUAACUCAGUGAUCAUCUCACCAACUCCCUAAACUUCUAUUUCAAUUAUAAGGAGACAGGCUUGGUGAGAUUAAGCUGUUGGCCCAAGGUGGCAGAGAUCCCCAGGGUUGGAGGCAGGACUCAGGCUUGGUGAGGUUAAACUGUUGGCCCAAGGUGGCAGAGAUCCCCAGGGUUGGAGGCAGGACUCAAACCUAGGUCAUCUGUCAGCCUCUAAAACUGAAGUUCCUGAUCAGUAUACUACACUGACCAUCAACCUGGGUCCAGAGCGGGCAAGGUAGAGUUCCACACUCUGGGCUUCUAGAGAGGGGAGACAAGGCUGGGAAGAGGAUGAAACAGGAGCCUAUGAACACCUAAGUUAAUCACAGCCCUCCUCUCCCUCAAUAUAAAAGCCAGAGUCCUCACUGUGGCCCCAAAGCUCCACAUGAUCCACUCCAAUCUCUCUGACAUCACCCCUCACCCCUCCCUUCCCAACCUGCCCUGCUUCAGCUACAAUGCCCUUGAUGGUUCUGGAACACACCUGAAAACACUCCUACCUCAGGGCCUUUGCACUGGCUGUUCCCUCUGCCUGGAACACUCUUCCAGAGGCCCAUCUGGUUCUCUCUUUGGGACUUUGCUCAUGUGGCCCCUUUUCAGUGAGGGUUCCCUGACCACACUCAAAGAUCCAGUCUCCCCUCAGUCCCAAUCCUGCCUCUCCCUGCUUUAUUCUUCUCCACAGAACUUACCCCGUCUGAAAAACUAGAUAUCUUACUCAGUCCCGUUUUUCAACUUCCUCUUUUCCUCAUCAGGAAUGUCAGCUCCAGGACAGCAGCUUUCUACCAGUGUCUCUCCCUGCUGUGUUCCUGGUGCCUAGAACAUGACCAGCAUGUG